AUGUCUGCUAGAAGUAUUUUUGGCCGCUCUUCUCAUAUAAGCCAGACCACUGUGCAAUUUGAACAUGGCGAGCGCCGGCUCUCUUUACAACGCAGCAAUGCAUACUUUUUUUUCGUCUCGCAAAUCGAUGAUCGAUUCACCUCACCUUCACCCUCAUCUUCAAAUAACUCAAAAAAUAAACUUUUGACCUCAGCGAACGACAGACCACGUUCUUGCUCGCCCUCUCUGCCUGCUUCGGCCCAGAAGUCGUUAAGCGAAGAGACCGUCUCUCCUAUCCCGCUCCCCUCGCAGCGCCAAACGACCAUUCCAGGUAAUUAUAACAUUGCAAUACCAGGUGCAGUGACCUUACUAGCAACUGUCACUGCUACCACAACAACAACUUCGUCAGCGGCGCAACUGAUUAUCGCUGUGCCAGCUGUAAAUAAUUCAGUAACACCGACCAUUGGCAACAACAAUAAUGCACGCUAAGAAGAACCAAAACAAAAGCAGAAGACGAUUUCGACUGCGCAGACUGUCAUGGAUCGCUACAUCCAAAUCAAGAGAAAACACAGCCCGCAAAACAAUAGGGCGGUUAAUUAACCCAAAAUCAAUCGAGCCAACAACGGCAAUGAAAACUCUGCAGUAAACAAUUCAAAUGCUAUCUUGGCUGAUUCUGCAACCGAUCAACCCAACGAAAUAACGGUAGGGAAACCAAAAAAGACGAGUCCUCCACCUAUAUUCAUACGAGAAAAGACAAACGCACUUGUAAAUAAACUGGUUGCAUUGGUUGGUGAUAGGAAAUUCCACUUUAUCCCGCUUAAAAAAGGAAAUAUUCAUGUAACAAAACUACGGAUUCAAACUGAGAAACUGACAACUAAAAAUUUGCAAAGGGCUUCAGGUUGUACUUAA